CGGAGCGCGCGGAAAAAAAAGGGAGACGGGCAUCGCCAGGGCUGCCAAGUGCGGACAAUGAUUCCACCAGGAGAAUGCCUGUAUGCUGGCAGGAAAAGACGGAAACCUAUCCAGAAACAGAGGCCCGCGCAUGGGAAUGGGAAGUCUAAUCCUUCAAAGAGACACAGAGAUCGCUUGAAUGCUGAGUUAGAUCACCUGGCCAGUCUCCUGCCUUUCCCACCAGACAUAAUAGCUAAACUGGACAAACUCUCCGUCUUGCGUCUCAGCGUCAGUUACCUUCGAGUCAAAAGCUUCUUUCAAGCUGUUCAGGAGAAGUGCUUGAAAAAGCACGCAGGUCGUGAAAUCAAGGAAGCUGACAUGCUCAAGGAGCCUGCCAUACCAGAAGGUGGAUUCUUACUGGAGUCACUGAGUGGUUUUGUUCUGGUGGUGAGUGCUGAUGGAAUGAUAUUCUAUGCCUCACCAACAAUUGUGGAUUAUCUAGGAUUUCACCAGACUGAUGUAAUGCAUCAAAAUAUAUAUGAUUACGUUCAUGUGGAUGACCGGCAGGAUUUCUGCAAACAACUGCACUGGGCCAUGAAUCCGCCACAACUCAUUUCUGGACAACAUAUGCCAACGGAGACAGGGGAAGAAUUCAUCCUUAAUGAAAUGUUUAAAGCACAGGAGGGUAACAGUACGCCAUCAGACUUUUCAUCCUUUUUAACCCGGUGCUUCACUUGUCGAAUUCGCUGUCUUCUAGACAGUACUUCUGGCUUCCGUGCAAUGCACUUUCAAGGCAAACUGAAAUUUCUCUUUGGGCAGAAGAAGAAGUCUUCCUCAGGAGCAAUAUUACACCCUCAGCUGUCCUUAUUCUGCAUAGUGGUGCCACUUCUGCUUCCUUCUGUGACUGACAUGAAGUUAAAAAGCCUUUUUGUGAAAUCAAAAUGCAGAUCUGAUCAAGCAGCCACAACAGAUGCAAACUCAAAGGCUAUUUCUGAACAGUAUAUGGCUGAUCUUCAUAGAAGGAAUGCUUUCCAAGAAGGAAAGAAUAAUAGAGAAAAUGGCAUUUCUCUGAAGAGACUGCAAGCAAACGAAGACCAUUGGGUUUGGAUACAGGCCAGUACUCAAGUUCAAUACCGAAAUGGUUCUUCAGAAUAUGCCAUUGCUCUACAGCAAGCUCCCAAGGAAGACUGUCAUCAGAAGAUAACAAGCAGCACCGCAAACACGAAAAGGAACAGGGAAAACCUUGUACAGAUGAAGUAUAGUAAGUGGGCCCCGAGGAAAAAAGAACAGGACAGCAUAAAAGUGAAGUUUGAACCUUGUACUGAUGGCGAAGAAUGUUUUAUUCAGCAAGAACUUGUCGGUCCUACUGCAUCGCUAUUCGGUACUCAAUACAGUAGCAACAGAAAUGGCAUUUCGACUUCAGUGAAUCCAUCAAAUUACUGUUCUAAAAUUCAGCGUAAUGAGAAUGCAUGUCCAAGCAAAACUGCUAGACCUUUCUGCAAUAGAGACCAACGGCUCUUUGGUUUAUCAUCAACCUGUCCUCCCUGGGGUGGCACAGAAAAUUGCCAGCCUCAUCCAAGCUUGCAGCAGUACACAACACAAAGUUACUCUGGAGAAUACAUGAAGUCACAAUGUCCAUUAGUAUCCUCAGAAACUCCGUACAACACGGGGUUGGCACAUAACAUCAAAACUGAAUAUGAUUCGGAUUCUGAAAAUAUAGGUGCUGUUUCAGCAAGUCGGGUCUGGAUUGGUGAAAACAGCACAAGGAAAAAGCAAGCGAUCCGUUUUCCUACUAGGGUUCACCUCAAAACAGAACUGGACCUCAGUGAGCAUCUGUCUCCUUGCCAAACCCCAAAGCAGUGUGUUUAUCCGCCGUAUAACUGGCAACACAUUGUGAUGCACCAUCCCAACCUCAGCAGAAGUGGACCUGGCAAAGGACUGCACAGCAAGGAACUAGUUCCUCUGAGCUCCCAGAACUCCGUCUGUGCAGAAGCAAUGGAGGGUGCACAAGACACACAUUACUGGAAUGAAUUUUAUAAUCCCAGUUUAGUAGAAGAGAGGGGGCUGAAUAGGCAAGUUCUGAAGAUGCAGUGCGAGUUUAAAAAUCCCAGUUUUAUUCAGACAGUCAAACACGAGCCCUUAGAGUCUUCUCACAUGUCUGGCAGUGGUCAGACCAGAGUACAAACUACUUUUCCUGAAAGCACAUUAGCCAGCUCUCAACCUCAUAAAAUAAUGGGAUGUGCAUUUUCACAACAAAUGGUAUAGGUGUGCUUCCAAAUGUUCACAACUGCCUCGUUAGUGCAGAGAUGGGACAAAAGAGGAAGUUUCUCAUUAGUAGGGCACUCCCCAUCACAGGGAUUUAAUGAUCUAUUUGACAUUGUUUUGGGGCAACAGUGUCCUAGCCGUGGUUAGCCCUCCUUAACUUAAGGAUAGUGUGUGAUAGGUACCCAUAUAUAUAUAGUAUCAAUCAUCCACAAAACAUGACAGAGAAGUGGCCUUAAUAUUCAUUAAAGCACUGUACAAUAUUAUUGCAGGCAAUUCCCUACCGAAAUUGAAGGCCAAUUUAAAUGUCUUUUUUAAGAAAAAGAAAAUGUUUGCAUAAAACAACAUAGCAGUUCAUUUCUCUCGGCUGGUAUUUCUUUGGCUCCCAGGUAGUUCAAGCAUCUCUCUUGUGCUAUUCAAAAAUAAAAAAAUUAGUCGCAUAUGAACAACAGGGAUG